AUGUUUACGAAAUCAUCACUCCUACUCGCCCUCGGGGGGAGCGCCCUUGUGGGUGCAGUCCCUGGGACUGUACGCUCUCAGGAACCUUGCACUCGGUUGGCCCAGUCCAAGGGAUCCUAUUAUCCGCCCGAAUUAGCCCUAGAGUGUCUGCACUCGAUGCCAUUCGAGUCAAACAGAGCAGUAGCUUACAUUGACGACUUGGAGAAAUACCUGCAGUUUCACUCCACUGCAGACAGCUUGAGCAAUCCCCCGAAUACGUACGAGUCACAACCGGUCGACUUCUGGGAAGGAUUGGAAGAUAUCAAGGCGAAGGCCAAGCAAGGCAAAUACAGCAGCCAAUAUGAGUUCGACACCGCUCUGUACGACCAUUUCAUCCAUGUACACGAUGGCCACUUGAAUGUUGUCGGAUGCUCGCUCAGUGCAAUUUCAUUUGUGACCCAGGACCCACUGGUCUCGUUUUCGCCUGACGGGCUCGAGCUGCCGGAUAUUUACACUCUCGCGGAUGCCGAACUUCUUCACAAGCGGGCGAGUGCCAACGUUUCACCCAUCGUUGCCAUUAAUGGGGAGAAAGCUUCUUCAUUCCUUGACACCCUGGCAGAAGGGAGCCAGACAGACCAGGACCCCGACGCUCGGUACAACGCGAUGUUUUACUCGUUGUUCCGACCCAAGGCCCAGGUGGCAGGUUUCAACUCAGGGUUCGGUAGCGUAUACCCCGGCGUCAAUGAAUACACCCUGGGAUAUGCCAACGGGUCGACGAGUAUGGUCCGGGUGAUAGCAGUCCCCGCUGCGGGCGAGUUCACGUAUACAAGCGGCAAGGAGCUGUAUAAUUCCAUCUGCGUGCCCAAGGAAGAGUCCGCGUCAACGUCCACGCCCGGGAUAUCCUGGACCGCCACACCGACCCCCAGCACUAGCGCUCCUGCUACGAGCUCUGCCGCUGCAACUGCAACCCCUAGUGCCCAGCCAGGAUACCCAAAGGCUAUCGUCCGCGACGCUGACACCGAUAUUGCUGGCUAUCUGCCCAACGACCCCACGCUCAAGAACGCUGCUGUGCUGAGAGUGCCGACCUUUGAUGUUGCAGAAAAAACUGGGGGUACCGCCUUCGACUCGAAUGUCGUUGCCAGAUUCCUCAAAAAGGCCAAAGCUGAAGCCAGACAGAAGCUCAUAAUUGAUUUGACUGCCAACGGGGGAGGGAACAUUGCCUAUGGGUGGAAUCUGUUCAAAAUCCUCUUCCCCAACAAGAAUCUGUACUCUUCCACCCGUCUGCGCGCGCACGAAGGCCUGCAUGUGCUCGAGAAAGCUGCAUACAGGUUCCUUUAUACCUUCGACGAUAAGGACUUUGAAAAGGACGAACAGCUCGACAACAUUAGGCUUGAGGCGAUUAACUGGGCGGGGUACCUGACGCCCAACCAGAGUUAUGAGUUCCAGUCUGCGGACGAAUUAUACGGACCUGAGGUUGUGCUGCAGUCGAACAUGACAAGGGCUCACUCUCAGAACUUCGAAGACAUCGAGUCUGACUAUCAGACCCCCCUCCAGGGCUACAAUGACAUCCCAAAGAACUUCACCUCAGCCCCCUUCGCCCCAGAGGAUAUCAUAAUCAUUACGGACGGUGAUUGCGCUUCCACCUGCCCAAUCUUCACCACUCUGAUGCAGUACGAGGGCGUCAAGACCCUCACAUUCGGUGGCCGCCCCCAGAACGGACCAAUGCAAGCGCUCGGAGGAACCCGCGGUGGCGAGGUCCUGGAGGCCGAGCAGCUGCAGCAAUCUAUGCUGAUGGCCUAUGAAUUCGGCAAGAAGUAUGAAAUGCUUUCCGAGGACGAGCUCAUGACACUGGCGGCUCUCAGCCCCGCGAAGAAGCCUUCUCUAGCUGGUGCUGCGAUCAGAGUCAACUACCGGGACACCUUCAGCAAGCACGACAAGGACAGCGUCCUGCCCUUGCAGUAUGCCUACGAGGCCUCUGACUGUCGGCUCUUCUACACCAAUGAGAACAUCUUCUCCGCUGAGAGUUACUGGAGCGAUGCUGCCAAUGCCAUGUGGGGCGAUGGCGAGUGCGUCCAGGACUCGCGUGUUUAA